GUUUCAUCACCAUUUUAUCGAUACAAGCUUAAUAAUAAGUGUUUCCUCCCGUAAAAUUUUGUGAUAAAAACAAGAAUCAAGCAAAAGAUGGAAGGAAAAACUGUGAUUUUAAGUGUGCUCAUAAUGACUCUCAUCAUGGCGCAAAUUCAAGUAGACGCAAAGAUCUGCUGCCCGAGCGAGAGUGCCAGAAUUGCCUAUGAACUAUGUCUUGGUGCUUAUGGAGGCUCGUCGAUGACUUGUCUACCGAUGAUUGGAUGCAAAGAUGUUGCUGAAAAUACUUGCCCUCCAGGAUAUCCUAAUGGCAUUCUCAAAAACUCUGCUCAAGGUGAUGCUGUCAAUGAAUACUGCAAGUUGGGGUGUGCAUUCUCUGUGUGCGGUGCCGUGACCACCCUCCAGAAUUCCGACGCAAAUGAAAUUUGGGAUGGAGCGGUUGAACAAUGCACCAAUGCAUGUUCUACUAUAUGCAACAAGGGCUUUCUUACAGCAGUUAAAAGUGCCUAAACAAGCAUAUCCAAAAAGAUGUGUUGUUGACUUGUUGUUCUCAAAAUUGUCGUGUAUUUGAAUAAGUUGUUGCUGGUUUAUGUGUGUCGUAGAAGGUUUUCUAUCCUCGAUUAUGUACGCCUUAUCUAUCCUAUCAUCUAAAUAAAGAAUAAUGUGUCUUUAUUAAUCUUCUUCUCUAGACUAUAUUACUUUUCUUUCCAUUUAUAUU